UAGUAGCGACAUGAAAUUUGUUGUGCCUAACAAGAGAAGUAGACAAAACAAAGUAGGACAACGGAGUGCAAAUGUUCCCAAAUCUGGUAGUGUUGGGAAUAUGCGUACAGGGGUCUGGCAAAAGGUCCUGAAGAAUGAUGCCAAUGAUUGCACUGGUGAAUUGAAGAAAGCAAGUUCUGUUUACUCAAGGCUUGAUCUCCCUUUGAGAGAGGCUCCCAUGCUCAAUAAAACCUGUAAUGCUGUUGAUAUUAAUGUCUUUUUGAAGAGUGAAAAUAGGAAACAGCAAAAAGAUAAGGUCUCAAAAAAGUUGAAAAGAAAAAAUGCUCCAGCAUUGAAACGAGAAUACAAUUGUUAUUCCAGGAAGGGAUCUCAUGCUAGCUUGGCUGGCUCAGAUGGUUCUUUGAAGCUUCGGAUGGAUCAGAGUUAUAUAUCAGAUAUCUUGUCUCAGGCGAAGGACAAGAAACCUAGUCGUCCAACGGCUGGAUUCCAGAGCAGCAAAGUAGAAUGCAUGAACUCCGUAUCAGUUCAAAGCAUGCAACUCUGUCCAAAUGAGAUUGGUCAUCUUGAAAAUGUGUGUAAAACCGUCUCAGGCAUGAAGAAUCAAAAUGUAGGAAAUCAGGAUGGCUCAAUGCAAAAAACAUGCAAUUCCUGGAAGGAACCAAGUCUGCUUCAGGUGCAAUCUUCAGUCUACCUUCCUCAUCUACUUUAUGAUGCAGCAAGUCAAGAAGUACUGAGACAAAUCCCUCUUGCAGAAAGCAGCAAGCAAAACCGGAGUAGUUCUGGAUCUCUUACACACAAGUGGAUGCCAAUCGGGUUGAAGGACUCUGAGUUGGCAAGCGCUGCUAGAUCUGAGAGUUCAAUGCUUGAACAUUCUGAUGAGGGAGCUUCUAAGAGAUAGACGAUUAAAGACACUGUUAAAGGCAAUGUGGUUUCUAAAGCUGCAGUUGAGUCCAUGGCUCAGGGUUCUGGACAUGUAACUCGUUCUUCUGAUGACACAGAGGGCAGGCUUCCUACAUCAAAUGCAGUUGAAGAGGUGGCCAACAACAAGCUUCAUGCAGCUAACUAUGUGAAUAGUUAUGAUGUAUCCAAAGGUCUAAAUGCUUUUGAAGCUUAUUCAAACAGAGUAUUAGAAGCAGUAAAUAAUGCUUGUAGGGCACAGCUGGCAUCUGAAGCUGUUCAAAUGACCACUGGUCAUCCAAUUGCCGAAUUUGAAAGACUUCUGUAUUAUUCGUCUCCCGUUAUCCAUCAAUCACCUAGCCACACAAGUUGUCACACUUGCUGUUCAUGGAACCAGGUUGACCAGGUUGGUGGUGUGUCAUUGUGCAGACAUGAGACACCAAAUAUCACUUUAGGAUGCCUAUGGGAGUGGUAUGAGAAAUAUGGGAGCUAUGGGCUGGAAAUAAGGGCUGAGGAACCUGGGAGUCCAAAGAAAUUGGGUGCUGAUCGUUUAGCAUUUCGUGCUUAUUUUGUCCCUUAUUUGUCAGGAAUUCAGCUUUUCAGGAAUGGUAGGAGUACUGGUACUGGAGAUAUUGACAAUAGACUUCACAAUCAUCAAGUGUUAAGCGCAUGCUGGAGUGGUGAGAUAUCCAGAAAAUCCUCUAGUAUUGGUAGUCUUCCAAUAUAUUCACUACUUUUUUCUCAUCUUGAUUGCAAGGAAGAUGCAGUCAUCCCACCACUUGUAAACGAACUGGGUAUUCCAGAAGCUUUUGCCAAAGAUGCACCUGUUCAAUCAGCUGACACAACAGGUUUCAGUGAUUUAGAGCAACUUUUAGAAUAUUUUGAAUAUGAACAACCUCAACAAAGACGACCUCUAUAUGACAAGAUAAAGGAGCUGGUUAGAGGUGAUGGACAUUCAUGCACAUUCAAAAGUGUAUGGCGAUCCAACUACACUAGACUCUAUAAAUCUAAAUGAUCUACAUCCCAGAUCUUGGUAUUCAGUGGCAUGGUAUCCUAUUUACAGGAUACCUGAUGGCUUCCGUGCAGCAUUUUUGACCUACCAUUCACUUGGUUGUCUGGUUCGUAGAAAUGCCAUCUUUGAGUCUCGUAGCGUGGAUGACUAUAUUUUAUCUCCAGUUGUGGGUCUUCAGAGUUACAAUGCUCAGGUAGUUAAUGGUACAGAGAUUGUGAAAUAUUGUGCAGUGUAUUUUAACAUGUAAUUCAAGCAUACUGUUAGAUCUGUGCAGCUUUUUUGAAAUAUAUAUUUUAUGUCAACAAACAGAGUGAAUGCUGGUUCCAGUUUAAGGCCCUCAGCACCAGCACAGACAACAUUAUCAAACUAACCCUUGUGAAAUACUGGAGGAGCGUUUCAGGACACUUGAGGAGACGGCAUCUCUUAUGUCAAGAGCUGUUGUGAGCAAAGGAAGUAUGACAUCUGUAAACAGGCAUCCAGACUACGAGUUCUUCCUCUCUAGGCGGCGCUAGCGGCGACAUAUUGAAAUUUUCUGUAACUGAUUUUAACAACUCAUAAUUAAACUAGUGUCAGUUCCCCAUUAAGCUUAUCUACAUUCAAGGUAACAUCUAACCUCAGGUAGGCAGAAAGGGUGACCAACCUUUUUAUUUGUUUUUUUUGUCACAUACAUGUAUAGAUAGCCUUUGAAUUCCUUCCAGGAUGCAUGUGAGUGCCUCAGAAUAUAAUGCAACUCUUUCAGGGAUUUGGAAAGGUACUGUAGUGUUACUGAAGAAAGGUAGUGUAGUGUUAUCAGUUUAGCUGCCUCCUGAUAAUGUUGUAAAUAUCUUACAGAAUACAUGAUCUGUAAAUAGCGUUCUCAGUUUGGAGUUUUUAUCCAGUCACUGAUUCAUAUGAGAUGAAAACUUCUCAAUCUCAAUUCAAUGAGAAUUCUUAUAUA